AUGGCCACAUAUCACCUGCAGGACCACACAGCCCCCAGAAUGGCCUCCGCCCGGGAUCUGGGCCUCCACACCAUUUUCCCAGACCACAUCGCUGUAGACCUAAGAGACCUCUUAGCCUGGUCCCUGGGGCCCUGUGACCACAGCUCGCUCUAUUCCUGUCUCCAUGCCCUUCAUGUGCAAGGCUACAGUGCCUGCACCUUUGGAGAGUCUUGCUGUUUCUGGACCCCAGAUGUAUCCUGCUCCCCCAUCUCUGGUCUCUGUGCCCUGCCCCCAGCCAAAGCCUCUCCAAGGGUUGCAGGGAUUCCCAAGAAGUGGGCCUUUGAUGCUAAGAUCAAGAAAAUCCAGAGCAAACAGGACAUGAUGGUCACUCAAGCUCUGGAAAUCAGCAGGCAUUUGGGCAAUGACCUUCUGCCGCUGUUCGUGUACUUCUGUGGCUUCCUCUGCCUGUACAUAAAAGCCCUCAUUGGAGAUAUUUUCACCGGAGUGUUGUUCAACUCCACAAGAUAUGGGCUGGUGACCACAUCGGAAGCUCUCGGCUUUGUUGUAAGUGCCAUUCUUCCUUCAUACUUUCUAAAUGAAAGACUCAACUUUCACGGAAUUGGGUGUCUGGUAAGUACUCUUGGAUCUACAGUGAUGGUCAUCCAUGCCUCAAAACAGGAGAUAGAGACCUUGAAUGAAACAUCACACAAGUUAGGUGAACCAGGCUUUGAGGUCUCUGAGACACUUGUGGUCAUCAUGUCCUUCAUACUAAUCUUUGCGGUGGGACCUCGCCACAGGCAGACCAACACCCUCAUGUACAUCACCAUCUGCUCCGUCAUUGGUGCAUUCUCCGUCCCCUGCGUGAAGGGCCUGGGCAUCGCCAUCAAGGAGCUGUUGGCCGGCAGGCCUGUGCUGCAGCACCCGCUGGCCUGGGUCCUGCUGCUGAGCCUGGUGGUCUGCGUGAGUAUUCAGAUCAACUACCUGAACCUGGCGCUGGACGUAUUCAACACGUCCAUCGUGACCCCCGUCUACUACAUGUUCUUCACAACCUCUGUUUUAACUUGCUCAGCUGUUCUCUUUAAGGAGUGGCAGGUUAUGCCUAUGGAUAAUGUCACUGGAACUCUGAGUGGCUUCUUCACAAUCACCGUGGGGAUAUUCUUGUUGCAUGCCUUUAAAGAUGUCAGCCUUAGUCUAGCUGGGGCAAAGGCCUACACAGUGAAGUUGGCCACCUCACCAGCUCCCACUGACAGCAGUCCAGCCCACCACAAUUCCUUAAGAUAUGCAUGGCUACCUUGA